CUCAGAGGGCGGUCCCGGCCCACGCGCGCCUCCAAGGCCGGCUGCCGGGCGCGGUGGCGAUGGCGGGGCAGGCGGGGGCCGGGCCCGGGGCGGCCGCGACCCUCGCCGGGGGCGCUCUGGGGGGCUACCGCGCCUACGCGCGCCGCUGGCUCUUCCUGCUGGUGACCAGCCUGCUCAGCUGCUCCAACGCCGCGCUGUGGCUCAGCUUCGCGCCCGUGGCUGACACGGUGACCCGGCACUUCCAGCUCUCCACCGAGCAGACCAACUGGCUCUCACUGGUCUACCUUGUGGUGUCCAUCCCAUUCGGCGUAGUGGCCAUCUGGGUUCUGGACUCUGCUGGGCUCCGCUGGGCGACCGUCCUGUGUGCGUGGCUGAACUUCGCGGGGAGCGUGGUCCGCGCCCUGCCCUGCAUGAUCGACAGCACCCGGGACCCCUUUGCCUUCCUCGUGGCGGGGCAGAGCCUCUGCGCCCUGGCCCAGACCCUGGUCAUCUUCUCUCCAGCCAAGCUGGCCGCCUUGUGGUUCCCUGAGCACCAGCGGGCAACCGCCAACAUGAUCGGCACCAUGUCAAACCCCCUGGGCGUCCUGGUGGCCAACCUGCUGUCUCCUGCCCUGGUGAAGAAGGAGGAGGACAUCCCCCUGAUGCUGGGCGUCUACAUCAUCCCCGCGGGCCUCGCCUUCCUGCUGGCCACGGCGUGCGUCUGGGAGAGCGUGCCCCCCACCCCGCCCUCCGCGGGGGCCGCCCGCUCCACCUCGCAGAAUUUCCUGGCUGGGCUGAAGCGGCUCGCAAGGAACAAGGCCUACGUCAUCCUGGCCGUGGGCUUUGGGGGCGGCAUCGGCAUCGUCUCCAGCUUCUCGGCCCUCCUGGAGCAGAUCCUCUGCGUGAACGGCUACUCCAGCGAAUUUGCAGGCCUCUGCGGGGCUCUCUUCAUCGCAUUUGGGGUCUUGGGGGCGCUGGCUCUCGGCCUGUAUGUGGACCGGACCAAGCAUUUCACCGGAGCCGUCAAGGUCGGCUUCUGCCUGACAUCUCUGGUCUGCGUGGCCUUUGCCCUGGUGUCCCAGCUGGAGGGACAGACCGUCGCGCUGGCCACCCUCUGCGCGCUGUUCGGGCUCUUCGGUUUCUCGGUGGCGCCUGUCGCCAUGGAGCUGGCUGUCGAGUGCUCCUUCCCUGUGGGUGAGGGCGCGGCCGCGGGCCUGGUCUUCGUGCUGGGGCAGGCCGAGGGUGCGCUCACCAUGCUGCUGCUGACUGCGCUGACCGUGCGCCGCGCAGAGCCGUCCUCCUCCACCUGCCGGGACGGCCAGGGCCCGCUGGACUGGAAGGCUGCCUCGUGGUGCUCUUCUUCCACACCCCGUACCGGCGCCUGCAGGCCGAGGCCGACGCCAGUCCCUCCAUCCAGGAGGACGUGUGCCCGGCAACCUCGGCAACCCUGGACCCCGCGCCACCCCCGGCAGCUGCCCCCUGAGGCUCUGCCGCCGCCCCCCCGCCCCCAGCAGCCCCUUCCUGGAGCCGGAGCUCCUGGCUCUGCCUCCCUCCUCCUGGGAGCCCUCCAGGACGUCGCGGGGGCCCUGCAGAGGGCCAGAGGCCGGGGGCAGUUCGUGUGAUAAGGAGCAGGCUUGGGAGUGUGAGGGGAGGCCAGGAGGGGCAGGCUCUGGUCACCUUGGCUGUCCCAGUCACGACUGAGGCCGGGGCAGCGGCAGCGUCCUUGGGGGCCCGGGGCCCCUGAACACCCAGGGCACGGCGGGCUGGCCCAGGGGACGGACCCCCUGUGGCUGCAGCAAGAAGAGCGGCUGCUGUGUAGACGAGAGGCCACUGACGAGGCGGGAUGCCCUGCGGCCAUGCCAGACCAGGUGGCUGGUGCAGGGGCUGCACACGGGGAGGCCGGCCCGGCGUGGGGGGCACGGGGCGAGGGGGACUGGGUAGCUUGGGGAUUCUGAGGGCCCACCAUGGCUGAGUCUGGAGGGGACAGGUGUGGGGAAGGCUUUCCCUAAAGGAGCCCAUCCCAGAGCCAGGCUCGGCCUCUGCUGCCCACUGCGUGGCCGGCCCCCCCGCCUGGUGCCAGCACAGGUGGGGAGAGCAGGUGCGGCCGGGCUGGGCUGGAGGCAGAGGGUGGGCCCCAGGCGGAUGCGCUCACCCCGUGAACACCCUCCUACCCCCAGGGGGACACUCCCGUCCCAGACCUUCCCCACCCCGUGGACACUCCCACCCCUGCGGCAGAGACACUCGCAGGCAGGUUGCGGGUUCACGUUUAUUGAACUGGCCACAGCCCAGUGGGGUGGGGGUGCCCUUGGCUCCUUCUCGCCCCCGUGGGUGAGCACGUAGCUCAGUGCCUCGCAGUCCGGGUUGCCUGCCGUGUCGACGGUGGAGAACUGGAACAUCGGGUCGACCUGCGAGUUUGCUGGGGGGCACCAGGCCCAGGCAGGGGUGGGAGGGAGUGGGAGGGUCCCCACGGCUGCAGCCCGCAGGCGAACUAAUUACAGGAACGGGACUCCGAGCUCUGUCUUGUGUCUGUGCUUGGGGGCAGAAGUGGGGAGAGACCCUGCAGAACGAGGGGUGGGGCUGGGGUGGGUGUCCCCCCUCCCCAGUGCUGCAGCCUCUGGGAGCUGGGGCACAUCCCCCUCCAGAGCCCCCAGAGCACCGAUGGCCUCGCGUGGGCCUCACGGAGGGCCUUAGGGAAGGAGGCGAGGUGGGGACGAGGGGCCAAGCCUCCUGAGCCGUCAUCCUGUGGGCCCGGGAUGUGAGCCGCCGCCCGAGGCUGAAGACAGGAGAGAGGGGCCACAGGAGGCUGUUCUGGGGAAGGCACCGGCCCCCAAAUGGAGGGGCGGCCCCAGGUGGAAGUGCCCACCCUUCGGUCUCACCCGCUCACUGGGCAGGUGCCUCUCGGGAGCCUGGGCCGCGGGUGGGGGGAGACCGCGGGGAGCCUCCCCUGCCCCCCACCCCCCGGGGGCGGUGACUGAGGGAGGCUGGGAGCACGUGCCUGGCACACCGAAGACGCCUGCUCACGGGGCCUGGCUGCAGCAGCCUCCAAGGGGGCUGACGACCCAGCGAUGGUGCGCGUGGCCGUGAGCACUGGCCCCGCGUGGGUAGGACUGAUCCCGCCCCCAUCGCCCUGAGGGACGCGGGAUCCCGGGCAGGCCCAUCACGGCUUGAAAGCUGGAGGGGGGCAGGGCUGGGGGUGGGCUUGGUGCCCCCCGACCCUGGUGACGCCCGGGCGCCCGCGGCCGCGCUCACGCGUCCUUGUUGACGCUGCCUCUGCCGUCGGGGUCCAGCAUCUUGAGUGCGUUGAGGAUGGUCUCCUCGG